GCAAUGUCAUUUCAUGUGGCAUUGUGUCUCGUCGACGCAGCAGAUGUUUCUGUCUUGUGAAGAGAUGACGACGUGCCGGCCGAGAUGUGAAGAAAGAGGCGGAGGCAGAAGGAGUGGGAAGUGAUGUCAGCGCGUGCGACAAGGGUUCGCGUCUCUUCACGCGUGCACACUCCAGAACACUGGUGGCAACCUUCACACAACUACAAGCACAUGCACAUGCCCGCUAUAGAGUCAGGCUCAACGAGAUGCCUCUCGGCUUCGAGCGCCUGAAUGAGCGCACCCAGCGUCCAAAUGCCAACAUCAACUUCAUCAAGACGGUGUCCAAGGGAGCUGACAAGGCCGUCGCUGAAGAGUUCCUGGCCCGCAUCGCAGCACAAUGCUAUCCUGUCAUGAAGAAGCAUUACAUCACCGUCAUGGCCCUCGAAGAAUACCCUCCGAAUCCUGAGUUCCUUGGUCGCAACUUCAAUGCCGGCGAAGUCAUUCAAUUGGUGCUGAAGGACAAGCAAGGACGAUGGCUGAGCUUCAAGUUCGUCCAGAUGGUCAUGAUGCAUGAGUUGGCGCAUUGCAAGCAGAUGAACCACAGCAAGUUCUUCUGGGGUGUUCGCAAUGAGUACGCAAAGGAGAUGGAAGGACUCUGGCAGAAGGGCUACGAAGGCGAAGGCAUGUGGGGUCGUGGCCGAGGCCUGCAGAAUGGCGCAUUUGUAGACGCACAGCCUCCAGACAAUACACAAAUUCCCGAGCACCUUUGUGGUGGCACCUACAGACGCAGAGGGAGGAAGAGAAAGAGGGGUGCGCAGCAGGGGCAAGACGAUGGCGAAAAGCUGAGCUAUGCCGAGAGGCAGCAGAAGCGGAUACAGAAGAAGCUCGGCAAGCAUGGUGUCAGCAUGAAGAGCGAGGUUCUCGGAGAUGACGAGUUGACAAGAGGCGCUCUGGAGACGAUGAAUGGCGGCAAGCGAGGUGCGGGCAAGCCUAGAGUGGCCAACAGCAAGCGUGGCAGAGAACUGCGUGCGAAUGCUGCUCUUGCGAGAUUUGACGCUUUGAAGCAGCAAGCGCCGGAGAAGACACCGGAGCCCGUGGCCGAUCUGGACAGCGAGACAGAAUCCGAGUGGGAAGAUGGAUCAACGGGAGGCUCACGAGCCGACGCAAUCGUGAUCAAAGAUGAGCAUGGACGCGACAUGGUCAAGGUAUGCGGUGAUGGCGAAGACGACGAGGAGGGAGCCGGCAAAGAAAUUGAUGAGCUUAGGAUGCUCAGUCGUGGACCUGGGCGAGCUUCCAACAAGAAGGCACAGCCCAAGCCUGUCCAAACGCGAGACAUACACGAAGAUUCUGAAACGGAAAGCGAGGCCGAAGACAAUUCUCUGAUGGCCUCUACGAAGGGUUCUGCGGUCUUUAGUGGCAGUAAUGCCAAAGCUCCAACGAGGCUUACCAAUCGCCGUACUGUCAAGCCACCCGCACAUAGUGAUUCAGAGACUGAGGACGAGACUGAAGAUGCGAACUCAAGCUCAGCCAGCAAGGUCGAGAGUAGUGCUGAACAGUCUUCGCACAAGGCUGGUGCAGCUAGCCUCCCAACUCCUGAGCUGCGUCAAAAACAUUCCAAGACCGGUAACACAUCGCAAGACCCCAACGACGUGCCGGUAACGGCAACGGCAACGGAUCCUGCCAUCGCAGAUCCCGUGGAUGCACUGAUAUGCCCGAUAUGCUCUCUGGAGAACGAACUCAAUUCGCCUACAUGUAUUGCAUGCGCUCACGUUCUGUGUCCUCGGCUGAUGCCAAACAACUGGGCCUGCAAAUCAGAUACGUGCAAAGACAGCUUCUACAUCAAUGCUGGCGAUGUCGGUCGCUGUGGCAUCUGUGGUAGUGCAAAGCCUCAAAUGUUGGCUAAUGCGAAGGACCACAGACAGAAUCGGACGGGGCCAUCGCGACCGACUGGCCUGACCGGGGCUGACGUUUUGAGAUGGGACUGAGUGACUGAGAUGAUAUUGCAAACCAGCAAACUGUCGACGCAUUCGCAAUGGUAAUUGAAGGACGACCUACGCCUUAUGAUUAAUGAAUAUAGAGAGAUACCCCGCCAGCGAUGGAUGUUGCAAUGAAUGUUGCAAACUUGCAAUGGACACGAACGUCUUGCGAACCUUCUGAGAUCUAUGAACGAGACUCGCUGGUAUUCUCACUCACCUCUACUACAGCCUUUGUUCUACAAUUGGCGUUGAGACAUGCUUGUUGCUGAUGUCUUGUCACGUACCUGCCAAGAGUUCCAGCAAGAUCCCUGCC